AUGCCAGACAGGUUUACCAGCCCACCUUUCAAUUGCUACAACGGGAAAACUGAUCCAGUAGAGCACGUCAGUCAUUAUAUUCAGAUGAUGUUUUUGCAUACUCAUAACGAUGCGCUGAUGUGCAAGGUAUUUCCUUUGAGUCUGGGACCAACUGUUUUGAAGUGGUUUAACGAGUUACGGAAAGGAUCCAUACAUAGUUUUUCAGAGCUAAUUCAAGAGUUCAGCGUUCGGUUUGUGACCUGUAGCCAAGUACAUCAGCCGGUAGAUGCGCUUUUGUCUAUGAAAAUGAGGACAGGAGAGACCCUCUGUAGUUAUGCCAGCCGGUAUUGGGAGCUAUACAAUGAGAUAGGUAGGGAUAACAAAAAGGUUAUAGCAAGCACUUUUAGGAUGGGAUUUCCCGAGGAUUCCGGGCUACGAGAGUCGUUGACCAAGAAGCCUCCCGAAGACAUGAGGCAGCUUAUGAGAUGCAUUGAGGAAUAUAAACGAUUAGAGGAUGAUCGGCUACAAAGCAAAGGCAAAGCACCAAUGAUAAAUCGUCCCCGGCAUAUUGGUUUUCCGUUUAGAUCUCGAAGGGGUCUGACAAUUCAAGAGCCGACCAUACAGGUGGGGGAAGGGAAUGUGACGUUUAAGGAACCGGUACACAGGAUUAUUCAUCGGAUCAAACACGAGCCAUAUUUUCGAUGGCCGAACAAGAUGGGAGGGGACCCAUCCAGGAGGAAUCAGAAUUUGUACUGCACUUAUCACCGGGACAAAGGUCACACUACCAAACAGUGUCGAGUGUUGAAGGAUCACCUUAGGCAACUAGUCAAGGCCGGGCAUUUAAAGGAUUUCGUGCUGGACUCGGGGGACAGAGUCGCGGGGCAAGAUACUCAGCAAAGGGGGAACCCUCUCCCACCCCCUAUAGGGGUGAUUGAAGUUAUCCACGCUGCCUCAGAAAAGCUUAUUGCAAGAAGAAGAAAAGGAGUAUUGACAGUAGCACUAGUAGAGGGUAACCCAGACGAACAGUCGCCGGGUAAGAAGAUGAAGUUUGCACGGAAGCCUAUCACAUUCGAUGAUGACGAUUUGGAGGGGACGAUUCAAUCACAUGAUGAUGCGUUAGUCAUCACAGCCCAGAUAAGUGGCUUCUUAGUAAAAAGGGUAAUGGUAGACCAAGGAAGCGGGGCUGACGUAAUGUACCCAGAUCUGUUCAGGGGACUCGGACUGAGGAAAGAAGACCUAAUGAAGCACACUUCGCCCUUGAUUGGGUUCGAUGGUAAAGUAGUGAUACCUGAAGGGCAAAUUUCACUUCCUGUGAUUUUGGGAGGGAAGGAGGUGGCAGUGACAUUUACAAUAGUAACUUCAUUUUCCCCGUAUACAGCCAUCCUGGGGAGACCGUGGAUCCAUUCAAUGGUUGCUGUCCCGUCUACCCUACAUGUAAAGAUCAAGUUUCCAACCGAGUAG